UGAUAAUUUACACGGGUGUAAUCUGUGAGAGUCUUGCAAAUAUGACGUUUAGACAACCAUCACCUAUUCCGUUAAUUUUGUUCUUCGCGCUAUUUUACGUUUCUCAAAUACAAUGUACACACUUCUCAUGCGAAAUCCUAAAACCGUGGCAAAUGAGGUUAGGGAGUACAAUAUAUAUCCCUGAAAAUUCCACAACUCCAUUUGAAAUACGAGCCAAUUUUACUUGUAAAUAUCAGUUUUUCGUCCCAAAAGGGACGUAUCUUCGACUAUCAGUAAUAAAUUCAUUACUUGAUAAGGAUUACAUCGAGUUUGCAGACUCCGUUGGAUAUGUUAGGAACCUUACGGUAUCGAAUAUUGCAAACGAAGAAUUAUUUGCAACAUCUGGAUAUGGCUACGUUAAAAUAGGAGCAGGGCCGCAGGGAAGGUCUCAAGCGUUGCUGGUUUUUCAAUGGCUGAAAAUGCCAAUUUCCACGAUGACUAUGAAUUUGCGAAAAAAUGAAAGUGGAACAAAUGUGGAUUGUAUGGCAAUUCAGCAGAAUCCUAUCACUUUUACAGCAGCCGAAGGGGAAAAGAUUGCGCUGAACAUUGCCCACUCAGCAUUCAUGCUUGACAGCUUCGAUAGUUAUUUCGUUUUUGAUGGACCGGAUACAGACAGUCCAGUUGUUGGAAGAAUGACCAAUCACGCGGUUGUCCCAUUCAUUCCAUCCAAUCAGUCUGUAACAAUUGUUGGUCUCACGAAACAAGUUGUCUACUCGAAUAUUAUUGCAAAUAUCGCUUCUAACAUUGCCGGAUAUCGAAAAUAUCAGGCUGCAGUUAUAAUAGACCAAUAUGGACGACAGAUGUAUGCCAUAAAUCAAACAAUUGCAUUUACGUUUAUUGCAAAAGAUGGGAAUCAACUAUACAUAACUUCGUUGAAGUUUAAUGAAAUUGAAGAUGAAAAAUGUGAAAUGAGAAUUAUCAGUGGGACCCCAUCGCCGGUUUCAAGACGACUUCUCACUUACACGCCGCUGUCCCAAUUAGAUAUCAGUUUUCCGCAACAGCUCCCCGCAUCACAAUUCACUGUAGAACUCACUGAUUGCUCAGUUUACAUGAUUCUUUCAAAAAACAUGCCAGCAAAUUUCUACAUGGCAAAUGACGAGCGCAUCGGCUAUGUGUUCACUCCAAGCUUUCUAGACGAUUUUCAGACGCCUGUUUUGAAUUUUACACUGAGUAGCAAUGAGUCUCGGCAUUUCUCUACAACUGUAGAGUCAGUGACAGUUUAUCAGAAUCAACUUUUGGCAAUUAACGUUUACAACUCAAAGGGAUAUUCCGCAAUGAGCACCAUAAUAACCGGAAAUCAAACAGGUGGCUCUGCGGAAGGAAUCGGAACAUCAGUGAAUAUCGAUUUCUCCGGAUCCGUGUCAAAAGGCCAAGCAAAAAUACGGUAUCAUAUUUCAAAGAUCUCAGGCCCAAUCACUGGCUACUCCUUCAUUAUUUAUUUUGCUGCUCUUGCUCUCUCCAUUGGACACCUCCAUUAGCAGAUGUUUUUUUGUUCUCCACCUACUAACAUAACUAUCGACCGAAUUCUGUUUCCUCUUUCUUUUCCGCACCGUUUUUGUAUUGUUUGUUUUGCACUAUGCUGUCAUAUAUACCGUUCGAAUACAAGAGAGUCGCCAGACAAAACGAAUAAAACACAUUUGGUU